AUGAUUCGCAUACCAUACGCGGUUUCAUAUCUCGCAUGCAGUGCUCCCUUUAUCGGCAACCAUUCCCAAUGGGAAGGUGAUCCAGUCGCAGCCAUUUCAUCCGCUGUUAUCUACCAUCUAAAGCCGACUAAAGAGGAAGGAAGAAUACGAGCCUGUCAAAGGCCGGUUGGCAACGAAGUGCGGCAUCCAAUUGGAAAGGUAUCUUCGAUAGACGUAAAGACUCCCACAACAUUCCUGGACAGAAAGCACACCUUGACCUCGAUUAACCAUGCGCGUGUCUUUGCGACAGCCCCCACGGAUGCACUGCCGCUUACCGAUGGCAAGCUUGUCCACCUUACUGAUUCGAAUAAUCCUAUGGUACUGUCCGAAGCGUUUGUAUCUGUGAUCAAGGGUUUGGAAGCAUCACUACAAAUAUCGUUGAACUUGCCUACGUUACGAUCAUGCCGUUGGAAAGGAACGGAUCUGACGAUACACAAUGUUUGUGACCAAGCCGGAUCGGAACAAAAGAACCAAAGACCAAAGACUGUAGUUUACUACAAUCGAUUUUCCCAGGAACGCAUUAUUUGCGGCCGGAGUAUUCCGCCAAACACACAUUUACAGUUGGAUGAGCUGUGCGAGGAGCCGUCUCGCUUGUAUGCGGUUUUACCCGAUCGCACGGCAAAAGGGCUACCACCGACCACGGUCCGCUUCAACGAUCCCCAGCGCCGCAAAUCAGCGACGGAGUUUCAGCCGUGUGACGUGCCCUGCUUUCACGCGGGUGAAUAUAGGCUUGUUUCUCAACGGACCAUUGACGGAACCCCUUGGCGUUUUGUCUUUUCCAUGGAAGGACCACACUAUUUUUCGUCGCUUUUCUUGGAUCGCUCCGCAUACCAGAUUGACCGCUAUUACGCCACCACAUCUUUCCAAUCCGAUGUUCCCUUGCCGUAUUUCUCGUGGAGCGAGUACAGUAUUCAAAAGCCAAUGCUAGAUUUUGACCAAGCCAUUCCGGCGGCUCUUUUUCUGGCCCAAAAUUGUGAUUCACGUAACGAUCGGGAGGGUAUUGUGCGGGCUUUGCGGACGUCCUUUCGUGUUGAUUCCUUGAGCAGUUGUCUGCACAACGCAGAGCCACCAGCCGGUGUAGAUAUGGACAACAAAAUUCAAAUUCAGCGUCACUAUCUGUUCUAUUUAGCGUUCGAGAACCAAAACGAAGAUGAUUACAUCACAGAAAAGCUGUGGAGCGCUUUAGAAUCAGGCACGCUUCCAAUUUACUUCGGAGCACCUAACGUUCUUGAGCACGUUCCGGAAAACUCGGUCAUUAACGUAAACGAUUUUGACAGUAUCGACGCGUUGGCUGCCUACUUGACAAAGGUUUCCAAAGAUCGGGCUUUGUACGAAUUGCACCAUGCGUGGCGAUUGCAACCACUACCGGGAGCUUUCCAUCGGAAAUACGAUUUUACGAAUGUCCACGGAACGUGCCGAAUGUGUCGGUGGGCGGUGGCUAAACGUUACGGCUGGGGCUGGAACCACGCGAAUCAAACUAUUGUGGACGUCGCCGUCCCCCGAACCAUAUGCGUCGACGAACGUGGCUUGUUGCAACAGCCGCUACAGGAAUCUUGGACUUUGAAAAUGAAUGAUGUGGAUACGAAAUUGCAGCCGCCAAAAAUUCGCUUUCAGCAGGAAUCCGCAAAGGUCAAAGACAGCUGCAACGUUGGCAGAGACACAGCAACGAUUGUUGUUGGCGAGAAGGAGGAUGUAUUUGAACGAUUAAUUGUGGAACAAGAUGGAGUGCUAGACAUAUACCUGAGAAUGAGAACAAGUGUUAAGAGCGUAAGGACAUCAAGGGAAUCCGCUUUGCUGUGGCAGUUUCGGACGCCACUCCAACAUGGUAAUGCUACCACCUUUGUCUUUCAAACCAUUGAAGAGGGUCACAUGAGAUUGCAAGACAGUACAAAUCGCAUUACGUUUUUGACGUGGCCGCGCGUGAAUGUUGCGUUGGCAUCAUUUGUUGAUGGGGGCGACCAUAGAGUGAUUGUUCAGGUGCCCAUAUUACCGUUGCUACGCCUAAGAGUGAUUGUGGAGGACGUAGACACCUUUCAUCCAGGAGCGGCUGCCCUGGAAAAUUAUUUUGGCAAAACGAUGAAGGCUGAUUUUUGGAAUCCUGUGGAAACCUUCGUGUAA